ACAAAAUUUCUGUUAACUAUAAUAACUCCGAUUACUAUCGAUAAGCCAUAAACGAUUAUCUUAGUGCCAUCGCAAUCAGCUGACUGCGUGGGAAAACAGCUGUUUCCAGCUUUUUCAGAGGACGCCACCUGCGUAAUUAUGAGUAAUUCUCCACGCAAAAAGAUUGCGGAACAGCAUUAAAUCGCCAGCCAAGUGCGCGUCCGAUUCGUGGGAGCAAGAGCCCAAGACAAUAGCCAAAGGAUUACCGGCAAACGAGGCAUCGGAAGCCUGGACAAAGAGCUGACACUUCAGUAGGAGCAAGUGAAACCAUGUCAAAGGCUGUGAAUAAUAUGAGCAUGGGCGUCGUAGAGCCGCAGGAGAGGAUGAAGCACCUGUCGCACUGCGGUAACCUAAUCGACGUGGACAAGAACAUGCCAGUCACACGGUACUAUCGCUCAGGCACCGAGAUGCUGCGCAUGGCCAACGUAUACCUGCGGGAGGGCAACCACGAGAACGCUUUCAUCCUGUACUUGCGCUACAUGACCCUCUUCAUUGAGAAGAUCCGCCAGCACCCGGAUUACGGUAGUGUUAAGGCCGAUGUGCGGGAUAUCAACAAGAAGAUCAAAGACGAGAUAAUGCCCACGACAGAGAAGCUGCGCGCCAAACUAUUAACCCAUUACCAAAGGGAAUACGAGCAAUUCCUGGCCAACAAGGAGGCUGAACGGGCCAGGGAAUUGGAGAAGGAGCGAGAAAAGGAACGUCAGCGGCAGAAGGAAAGGGAAAAGGCGGGAUCGAGUAGCAUUCCAUCCCUCAUCCCGGCCAACCUGCACGUGCUGAUCGACGAGGGCAACCAGCCAUCGGCACCGGACUUGUCCCUGCUCGACCAGGUGGUCUACCCCAAUGACUUUCCCACGGGUGCAAAUCGAAGCCUGCCGGGAUCGGGACUCCUGUUGCCUGCUGCUGGUGAAGCAGCCGCCGAUAAGACAACCAACUCUAAGCCUAGCUUCGAUCGCAACCAGAAGCCAUCUUACAACCGUACGGAUUCAUUGCUGGCGGGAUCUUUACGCCUAGUGUAUGUUCCCGGAGACACGAUGGAGGUGUUCCUAAAGCUGGCUCUUGCCAACACCUCGAAAAACAUAGAGACUUGCGGAGUUCUAGCUGGUCAUCUGUCCCAGAACCAGCUGUACAUUACGCACAUCAUCACGCCGCAACAGCAAGGAACCCCGGAUAGCUGCAACACGAUGCAUGAGGAGCAGAUUUUCGAUGUUCAGGACCAGAUGCAGCUGAUUACACUGGGAUGGAUUCAUACCCAUCCCACACAGACUGCGUUUCUGUCCUCCGUUGACCUGCAUACGCAUUGCUCCUAUCAGAUUAUGAUGCCCGAAGCCUUGGCCAUUGUGUGUGCCCCAAAGUACAAUACCACUGGUUUCUUUAUACUCACGCCACACUAUGGACUUGACUACAUUGCCCAGUGUCGUCAGUCGGGCUUUCAUCCGCACCCAAAUGACCCGCCGCUCUUCAUGGAGGCGCAGCACAUCCGGAUUGAUAACCAGGCUAAGAUCAAGGUCAUAGAUCUGCGUAGAUAGUCACUCAAAGCAAACGAACUCAGCAGAUCUAGCAAUAGCUCCAGUUUCGGGUGUCAAACAGUGAUUAACCAUGGAAAUUACAGAGAUUUAGGCAGAUAGAGAGAGAGUAACUAUUUUCGGCAAAGAAAGAAAGAUAUGUAUUUUUGCAAGCUGUUGAUCCCGAGGAUCGUCUAUACAUCACUUUAAGCACUCGGCGGCAUUUGUUGUUGUUUAUUGCGUUCCGGCCUUUCCGUUCGUUGCAUACUUUCACUUAAGAAUCCCCAAUGUGAUUUUAAAUUGUGGCUUACCCUUGCGUUCGUUACUACCACAUAUUUAAUAUGUUAGGCAGUUGGAGGGGAACCCCCGUCACUCUCACACACAGGCACACACACACACCCAUGCAGCUUACAAUGCAUACUAUUCGGGGCAUCCAAACAAGGAGUCCCUCCUUCUACGGCUUACUACUUGCGAUAACCUGUUGUUCAAAGACGAAUCAUCAUUAAAUGCUAUUAUUAAACUGUGCAUGCUUACCUAUUGUACUAAACUGAAUAAAUAUUUAUGACUACUGGCUUAUGGA